ACAUGCACCUAAUUAAGAGAAGUGUUGACCUGCUUGCUUUCUCAAAUUGAUUCAUAAAAAUCUUCUAGUUCAAGUGAAUCCAAAUAUUAAAGCUGAAUUUUGCUAUUACUAAUCUCAUAAAGCUUCAAAUCUGAUAGGACAAUAUUCAUGGAAGUUUUUCUUGAGAUUUUAUACUGAGAAAGGUACCUUUAACUGUCCUUUUGGUCCUGGUUUUAACAUUCCCAUUAACAAGCUCGCUUGUUUGCGGAUCAGAAUGAACAACAACCUUAAGCUGGGGGUGGAUGUGGUUAGUGCCCACAAUCUGUUACCCAAAGAUGGGCUAGGUUCGUCCAGUGCUUUUGUGGAGCUCUACUUUGAUGGACAGAAAUUCCGUACGACCAUCAAAGAAAAGGAUCUUAAUCCUGUUUGGAAUGAGAGUUUUUACUUCAACAUCUCUGAUCAUUCUAACAUCCAUUAUCUCACUCUCGAUGUAUAUGUCUACAAUAAUGUCAGAGCUACUAACACCAGAUCUUUUCUUGGAAAGGUUUCUCUCACUGGAACCUCAUUUGUUCCCUACUCUGAUGCUGUUGUCUUGCACUAUCCUUUGGAAAAGCGUGGUAUUUUCUCUAGUGUGAGAGGAGAGCUUGGCUUAAAAGUUUAUAUCAUAGAUGGUGCCUCCAUAAAGUCUUCAACAGCAGCUGCUUCUGUUGAAUCUUUGUCAAGCAAGGAUCCCAAUUUAACUCAUGUAGACAACCAUACAGCUAAUGGCAGAGUUGAAUCAAGGCAUACCUUUCACCAUCUUCCAAAUCCAAAUUCACGUCAGCAUCACCAUCAUUCACCGGCUCCAGAGGUUCAUCAUCAUCACAUACCAAACCAUAUUGCUGAUGAGAUGAAGCCUGAACCACCACCACCAAAGCUAGUUCGUGUGUAUUCUGAAGCAUCUUCUCAACCUGUGGAUUAUGCCCUUAAAGAAACAAGUCCUUCUCUUGGUGGGGGAAGAGUUGUUGGGGGUCGAGUUCUCCAUGCAGACAAGACGGCAAGUACUUAUAAUCUUGUCGAACGGAUGCAUUUUCUUUAUGUAAGGGUUGUUAAGGCUCGUGAUCUUCCUGCAAUGGAUGUUACAGGGAGUCUUGAUCCAUUUGUAGAGGUAAGAAUUGGAAACUACAGAGGCAUUACACAGCACUUUGAUAAAAGGCAAAAUCCAGAGUGGAACCAAGUGUUUGCAUUUUCCAGGGAACGAAUGCAAGCUUCUGUACUAGAAGUUGUAAUUAAGGACAAGGACCUGCUUAUAGAUGACUUUGUGGGCAUUGUAAGGUUUGACAUCAAUGAGGUCCCAUUGCGUGUGCCCCCUGACAGUCCUCUGGCACCGCAGUGGUACAGGCUUGAGGAUAAAAAGGGAGAGAGGGUAAAGGGGGAGUUGAUGCUUGCAGUCUGGAUUGGAACCCAGGCAGACGAGGCUUUUUCUGAUGCAUGGCAUUCUGAUGCAGCUACAAUUGUUGAUAGCACACCAGUUACAUCCAUAUCUCUACGUUCGAAGGUCUAUCAUUCACCAAGACUAUGGUAUGUACGCGUUAAUGUUGUUGAGGCACAAGACCUCAUUCCAGCAGAGAAGAACCAUUUCCCUGAUGUGUAUGUUAAGGCACAACUUGCAAACCAGGUUCUGAAAACAAAAACAUGCCAAGCUCGAACUCUGAAUGCUCUGUGGAAUGAGGAUCUUUUGUUUGUUGCUGCUGAACCCUUUGAAGAACCUCUGAUCCUGUCAGUUGAAGAUCGUGUGGCACCUGGAAAAGACGAGAUCAUUGGGAGGGUCAUCUUACCAUUGCACGCUAUACAAAGGCGGGCUGAUGAUCGAAUAAUCCAUUCUCGAUGGUUCAACCUGGAAAAACCUGUUGCUGUGGAUAUUGAUCAGUUGAAGAGAGAGAAGUUUGCUAGCCGCCUCCAUCUUCGAGUCUGUUUAGAUGGAGGAUAUCAUGUGCUAGAUGAAUCUACUCACUACAGCAGCGAUCUUCGCCCCACAGCAAAGCAACUUUGGAGGCCACCAGUUGGGAUCUUGGAACUUGGCAUCUUAAAUGCUGUAGGUCUUCAUCCUAUGAAAACACGAGAAGGAAGGGGAACAUCUGAUACAUAUUGUGUGGCAAAGUAUGGUCAGAAAUGGGUUCGUACACGCACCAUUGUUGAUAACUUAUCCCCAAAAUACAAUGAGCAAUACACUUGGGAGGUUUUUGAUCCGGCCACUGUUCUAACUAUAGGUGUAUUUGACAACAGUCAACUUGGGGAGAAGGGUUCAAAUGGAAACAAGGACCUGAAGAUUGGGAAGGUUAGGAUUCGCAUCUCUACAUUAGAAGCAGGCCGUGUUUAUACCCACUCAUACCCGCUCUUGGUUCUUCAUCCUACUGGAGUUAAGAAGAUGGGGGAGUUGCAUCUGGCAAUAAGAUUUACAUGCACUUCCUUUGCAAAUAUGCUUUAUCAAUACUCAAAACCACUACUACCAAAAAUGCAUUAUGCAAGGCCCUUCUCUGUCAUGCAGCUCGACAUGCUACGCCACCAAGCUGUCAAUAUGGUGGCAGCACGUUUAGCUCGAGCAGAGCCUCCCCUUCGAAAGGAGGUGGUUGAAUACCUGUCUGAUGUUGAUUCACACCUUUGGAGCAUGCGGAAGAGCAAAGCAAAUUUCUUCCGGCUAAUGUCAGUUUUCUCUGGAUUAUUUGCUGUUGGCAAGUGGUUUGUAGACAUCAGCAUGUGGAAGAAUCCUAUUACAACGGUUCUCGUGCAGGUGCUCUUUCUAAUGCUUGCUUGCCUCCCAGAGCUGAUUUUGCCCACAAUUUUCCUUUACAUGUUUCUAAUAGGGGUGUGGAACUACCGCUAUAGACCAAGGUACCCUCCCCACAUGAACACAAAGAUUUCACAAGCUGAGGCAGUGCAUCCAGACGAACUUGAUGAGGAAUUUGAUACAUUCCCAACAAGCAAGAAUUCUGAGCUUGUAAGAAUGAGGUAUGAUCGGCUUAGGAGUGUGGCUGGUAGAAUUCAGACUGUGAUUGGUGAUGUGGCAACACAAGGGGAGCGGUUUCAAGCUCUAUUAAGCUGGCGAGACCCUCGUGCUACUGCUAUCUUUGUUAUAUUCUGCCUUAUUGCUGCCAUGGUAUUGUUUGUGACACCAUUUCAGAUUAUAGCUGCUCUGGCAGGGUUCUAUGCAAUGAGGCAUCCAAGAUUCCGACACAGGUUGCCACCAGUGCCAAUUAACUUCUUCGGCCGUCUGCCUUCAAGGACAGAUAGCAUGUUGUAAACUAGAUGCAGGACGUUUCUGGUAUGUGCUUUCCCAAGUUCUCUGCUCUUGUUUCUUACUGUUCCCUCCUUGCUUUUGCUUCUGCUUCUGCUUCAGCUUGGAAUAACUUAUAUCUGCUCUGACCCUGUCUGGCCAACAGAUAUAAAAUCAUUGGUGUAGU